AGCUCAGUUCCCCAGUUAAUGUUGAUUGGACAGCAAUGGCUCCAGCUGAAGUCACUAGAGGUUUAUGUUAUUUCAGCUGUUUUUUUCUUUCUCCCAGCAGCUAAAAGACCCAGGUCAGGACUCCCUGCUCAACAUGGACCUGACACAACUGGCCAUCCCGGCUGAACUUGUGGCUCUUCUGAACUCUCCAGAAGUACGGUCCCAUGCUCAGAGUGCUCGAAUCACAGAGGUCUCCCCUCCACAGGUUGUGGCACAGUCUGCCCUGUUUCUUCCCACUGACAUCAACAACUUUCCAUUCUCCAACUUUAUCCAGUCGUAUUUCAAGGAUCCCACCUUGCCUCCCAUAGGGCAGCCACUGUCUGAUCCUCUAACACGUGUGUCCCGGAAUGAUAAUGGAGCUGCCCUGGAGCUUUAUAAACUGGCACUGCGGUUUGUGGGAGACACAUCAAUGCCCUCCUGGCAACAGAGAAUUCUGGGUAAUUAUAUUGCUGAGCGCUGCCUGCGCCAACCUUCACUGAACGAUGAGGUGCUUUGUCAAGUGACAAGCCUGACAGUACAGAAUGUCAAUGAGGAACAGUGCCAGCGAGCAUGGCUGCUGCUUUCCAUCCUUCUUAGCUGCCUCACACCCUCUCCCACCCUGGAGAAACCCCUUCUCAAAUAUGUCUCAGACCAAGGCGUAGAAGGGUACAAAGCCAUGUGCCAGCACAACAUUUUGCGUGGUGGGUCUCAGGGCCAGAAAGCCCUUAACAACUUGCGUUCUCAUGCCCCCACCCUGAUGGAGUGGACAGCCAGUGAGAGAAGAGGGAAGAUGGUCUUGGAUUUGAACACCUACAAUGAUGAAAAAUACUCAACAGAAGUGGAUUCUUGGACAACUGGGGAGCAGAUUGCUGGCUGGCUGCUUCAGUCUAGAGGUAUGGGGGAAAUGCCCAGAGGCUGGGCGGUUUCAAUCCUAGAUAGAGAUCAGUUUUUGGAUCUGUCUGGAGGUGACUUCAUACUGGAUGUUAUUGCUGAAGUAGAAGAUGGCGUCCCACCUAACCCAGAGACAACAGAUUUACCAUUUGGAGAUAGUGGUAUUCCAGAGCCCCCUCCUGAUUUUGCACCUCAACUCUCAUUUGGGAAUCCAGGUUUCCCAGCUCCUGGACUACCACCUGCCCCUCCACCAGCUCCUCCUCCUCCUCCUGUCCCUCCUCCUUUGAACAUGAUGAACAGCUCCAUUCCUCCCGCACCACCACUCCAGGCCUCAUCCCUAACACAAGGCCUGGGCAGACAGCAAAGAUUUGAGAACGAUGUGCAUGAGCAGUUCAGUCCUUCGGUGUCUCCAUCUAUGGAUUGGGAAAAUCUCAGCAGACGCAUGAAAGGAGGAGGUGGCAUUGGUCCCAAUCGCCAAGGGUCUUUUUCUGCUGCUGGUUAUGGAGGGAUGGCUCCUAUGUCUUCCUAUUCAAUGCCAAUGAUGAAUGGGAUGAUGCAACCAAUGGGCAAUGUGCCAAUGAUGCCCUCAAUGCCAGGUAUGAUGCCCCAGCCAAUGAUGCCUCAGCCAAUGAUGCAUCAGCCCAUGAUGCCUCAGCCCAUGAUGCCUCAGUCCAUGAUGCCUCAGUCCAUGAUGCCUCAGCCCAUGAUGCCCCAGAUGAUGCCACAGGCAAUGCCUGCAUCCCAGCCUGUGAUGCCCUCAGUUGAUCCCACGCAGGUGGCAGCCCAGCAGCAAGCUUUCAUCAACCAGCAGGCCCUCGUUCUGGCCCAGCAAAUGACACUUCAAGCUACCAUGAUAUCUCAGAAGCAACAGAAGAAGCAUGAAAAGCAGCAAAAGCAGACUUUUUCACGCUCCAUGGAUUCUUCCCAACGCUCUCGAGAACGUUCUCCUUCUCCUGUCCGUGCAUCUAAACCUGUGCACAAACCCCCUUCUGCUCCUGCGCCACCUUCUGCCCCUGCACCACCUUCUGCCCCUGCACCCCCUUCUGCUCCUGCACCCACAAGCACUCCUGCUUCUGCACCCACAAGCACUCCUGCUCCUCCGCCUGCACCUAUACCAUCUGCAGAUCCUCCACCUGCACCAGCUGCUCCAAAACCAGCACCAACAGCCAAAUCUAAGCCAGAGUAUAAACAAACAAAGGCUUUAUGGGAAAUUGAUGAUGAUGAUUCAGAAUAUGCUGAACAAAGACAAACAUUCGAACAGAAGAGGCAGUUUUUCCAAAGAAUGGGAAGUCAAAAUAUCAAAAUAAAAUCAUUGAAGCCCCCUUCAAAAAUCCUACUCCCAAGCACAGGAGGUCAGAAUAUAAAUUUUGACAGUGACAGCGAAAGCGACCAAGAACCUCAAAAACUACCUGAACCAGAGCCAAAGCCAAAGCCAAAAACACCUACUCCGAAAGUCCCACCUCCUGCCCCCAAGAAACCAAAUCUUAAAGACAAAGAUCCCAAAGACAACGAUUCCAAAGACAAAGACUGCAAAGAUUCCAAACAAAAAGAUCAAAAAGAAGAAGAUUCCAAAGCUAAAGUUCCUAAAAAGAAAGAUUCCAAAAAGAGUGCAGUUGUGAAACCAGCCCCUAAGCCACAACCCAGCCAGGAAAUAAAAGAAAUCAUUAAAAUGUAUCAAAGCCGCCCUCAGCCAGAGCUGAAACCCUAUGAACCAGUCAGGAGAACAGCACAGAGCUUCCUGAAAAAGAAAGACCCCAAACAGGAGGCUCUGGAGAGACUACAGAUGGCUGGACGGUAUGAGGACCCUACCAAAUCUCCGGUAUAUGAGGAGGUAAAUACCUUCCAGGAUAAGCGAAGAUCUCUUAUGGAUUUGUUCCAACCCAGCUUCAUUCCUCCACCCCCUGAAAUUCAAGCUCCUAGCUUGCAGCCCCCAAAUAGUGCAGGCCGGUACCUGGAAGGGGACAAUUUGGCAAAUUCAUCCCUUUGCAAGCACACUGCCAGUGUCUUCUUCUCAUAUAGUGAUGUGGUCUGGAGACUGUAUGUGCGAAAGGAGAUCUUUUAUCCGAAGGAGAAGUUUACUCACCCACACUGUCUGAACCUCCUCUGCGAGCAGAUAAUUCGCGACACAUUCUCCGAUUCUGGAUUUCGUCUGACAAAGGAGGAAAGGAGGAAGAUGAAAGAUUUUCUGACUGAGUUUCAUGUUGGGACAGAUGCCAACUCAAUCACUGAGGAGUCCAUCAAGAAACGAAUUGUGAUUGCCGCACGUGACAACUGGGAAAAUUACUUCUCCCGCCUCUUCCCAGUCAGGCUGGAGGAUGAUAUAGAUCUAUUGCUCCUUGGAGUUUCCCACAGGGGCAUCCGGCUUGUCAAAGAUGUUCAGGCAGCAGGAAUCCAACACAGGCACCUGAAGACCCUAUGCAGUUACAGUUUUGCAGAUAUUCUAUCUGUGGAAAUGCCCAGCUCCAACAGCCUGCGGUUCUGUUUGCGGCACGAGGAGAUUCUGUUGCAUUCAGACAGAGCACAGUCCCUCAAGUCUUUAAUAGAGCUUUUCCUGCAAGAGCUGGUCAAAGAUUCAAAUCAUGUAGUUGCUCUGCGCAGUUACGUCACUGAUGACAAAAGCCUUCUCCAAUUUAAAAAGGGUGACAUCAUCAAAGUUCUGCCAAUGGAGGGCCUGCAGCCAGGGUGGCAGUUUGGAUCCAUACGAGGGCGCUCUGGUCUCUUUCCAUCUCGCAUGGUACAACCAGCAGCAGCCCCAGAUUAUAACUCAGUGCUAGACCGGAAAGGGGAGACCAGAAAAGCACCACCGACACAAGUCCUGCAAAGGAGCUUAAGCAAAGAGAGUGAACCAACAAGUGUGGUAUCCGUGGUUACAAAGACUACAUACAUAACUCCUCCCAUUCCAAUAGAUGCAUCUCAAUAUACUAUGGUGGAAUUUGCAUUGAAAUAUUUCCGGGAGGCACAGACCAUGAUGGGCUUGAAGGGUAUGGCGUCUGAAGGAAAGAAAGCAAUUCAGCUUGUACAGCACACAAAGGUUCCAAUCAAAGAGUCUCUGAUCUAUUUUGAAGACAUGGAGCUGAAUGAACUGUCUGCUAAUAAUUUCAUGAAUCUGAUGAGAUUCAUGGGAGACCAGCAAUAUCGCGAGCAGGAUGAUUUGGGAUGUGUGUUUGAAAUCCUGCAGCUAUGUCGGGAGAAAUUUGUGCUGAGAGAUGAAAUCUACUGCCAAGUGAUCAAGCAAAUCACAGCAAACCCCAAACAGGAUAGCUGUAAUCGUGGCUGGAGAAUACUAAGCCUCCUGACGGGAUUCUAUUUGCCAUCCCCCAAUUUACUGCCGUGUGUCACCAAGUACCUUCAGGACUGCAUCGGAAACUACCAAGAGGUGUCCCGGAUAAACCAAGAGCACCUCCGCCGAACUGUGCUGUACCAUGGACGCAGACAUCUUCCAUCUAGAGCUGAGAUGGAUGCUUUGCUGAAUGACCGAGUAACUCGGCGACUGAUUGUAAACUUACCGGGUGGAGCUGAAUUCACCACCAAAAUUAAGACUUUCACUGUGGCAGCUGAUGUGGUGCCUGAAAUUUGUGAGCAAAUAAAUGUCUCAGAACCUGAGGAGAUUGAGGAAUUUGCUCUAUUUGCCAACAAGAACAAAGGUGAAGUAGUACGGCCUCUGCGUGGAGGCGAAUAUAUCCAUGACUUCCUGCUGAGGGACAACUCUGUGGACCUUGACUUCCGGCGAGUGACAUGGAAAGCCACCCUGAAGGGGCGCAGUGAGCUCUAUAUCCAAUUACACUUCAGCCAGAUGUUCAGUGACUACAUGCAGGGUAAAGCCUUGUUACUAAGCCCAGCAGAUCUUCUGGGGGUGCAGACAGGGAAAGUGGCUGCGAUUCUACACAGAAUAAACGGCCUUAGCAGCCCACCCAGCAAGCAGGAGCUUCUGGAUUAUAUUCCCAGCUCAGUGCACAACCGUCUGAACCUACAGGCUGCACAGCAAAACCUCCUUCAGGAGCUCAGAGAGACACAGAACAUCUCUGUUCAACAGGCAAAAAUCCGUUUCUUGGAAACCGUUUCCGUUCUGCCACUGUUUGAAUACAACGUGUACUUUGUGAAGCGAAUAAGUGAACCAGGCGUAACAUCCCCGUGCUUUGUGGCCAUCAACCACCAGCAUGUAUUGGUCUUGGAGAAUAACAGCCAAGAACCAAGCAUGUGUAUCAAUCUUCAAGACAUUCAGAGCAUGCGUACAAUGCGCCCAUUUGACAACAACACACCACCAGGAGUGGAAAUGCAUUAUGGUUCGGCUGCAAACCCUCGCACAAUGUGGGUGGAACUCCAGGAGGCAAAAGAGCUAUAUCACACAUUGGCCUUGGUCAUAGAAAACAUGGAGACGGCGCCAACAUAGGACUCUGAGAACCCUCUGUCUGUGUAACUUAUUUGCAUUCUAAUUAUUUUUGAUUUGCAGGUGCCAAGAACAAAAUAGAGAAAAUAGUUUGAAACUGGGAUUGCCCCCAUGUGCACUUAAAGUAUUAUAGCUAUGGCACACACCAGAGUAGCUACCAGCUAUGCAGCACUUCCCUGUAGAGAUAGCCCAAGGGACUUCCCAUUCAUGUCAAUGGGUUUGGAUCCAAAGAGCAUAGCAACCUUUAACCCACUACAUUAUGCUACUUGUGCUGGUGCUCUUACAUGAAGCUUUUAUGAGGCACGGGGGCUAGGAUCAGUUAGUCAGACUUUUAUUUUUAUAAUUUGCAAUACUACAACUGCAGAUAUCUUUGUGCAAUUGUGUUAAAUAACCCCUCCUUACUGAGCUGUAUUUAAAUAAUGAACUAUUAAAUAUAAUAUAGAGAA